GUCUACUACAACCGUUGGAAAGAGCAGGGGGCGGGACCUGCUGGCAGCGUAUCCCCUGUUUGGACCAGUAGGAUUCGUCGGAGUGGGUUGAUGGACAGGCACCGCCCCCGCAGGAGGCCCCGCCUCCUGUGACAGUGUUUGAUUCUGUUUUUAGAGUCGCGGCAGCAGCAGUGUCACAUGUUGUUUUUCUCCAGGAUCUGAUCAUCUCUCGCUCCGCUCACACAGCCACAGAUCCUCCAGCCUACAGCGGACACUCACGCACACGUCAGCGUCCGCGAUGGAUUCGAAUUUCAAACGGUUUCACUUUUUUUUUAUCUGCUUGUUUUGAAUUUUUAAAUUCAGUUUUUUCUGAAGCUUGCCGCUGGUAAAUACUUUGUGUUUUAGCGUUUUGCAUAGAGUGUGUGAGAAAUGGCCAGUCCUGUGGCGGCAGGAGGGGGACACCUGUUAUCCAACGGUAUGAGCGUUGUCAAGAAGUGCGGCUACCUGAGGAAGCAGAAACACGGACACAGGCGCUUCUUCGUGCUGCGGGAGGCGAGCGAGCGCUGCCCCGCCAGCCUGGAAUAUUAUGAAAGCGAGAAGAAAUGGAAAAAUAAGUCCGCCGCCAAGCGGGUGAUAACUUUGGACUCGUGUCUCUGCGUAAAUAAACGCGCCGACGCCAAACACAAGCACCUCAUCGCCCUCUACACCAAGGACGAGUACUUCGCUGUGGCUGCAGACAACGAACAGGAGCAGGAGGGCUGGUACAAGGUCUUAACUGAGCUGAUCUCCGAGGGCAAAGUGUACGACAGCCCCACGUCCACCUCGUCUUUGGUGGGCUUUGAAGAGGCCAGUUACGGACUCAUCUCUCCCACAACUGCAGCGUAUAAGGAGGUGUGGCAGGUCAACAUGAAAGCCAAAGGCCUGGGUCAGAUCAAGAACCUGACUGGAGUCUACAGGCUGUGUUUGUCCAGCCGGACCCUCAGCUUCGUCAAACUGAACUCUGAAACGGCAGCUGUCACUUUGCAGCUCAUGAACAUCCGGAGAUGUGGUCACUCAGACAACUUCUUCUUCAUGGAAGUCGGCAGGUCAGCGGUGACCGGGCCCGGGGAGUUCUGGAUGCAGGCCGAGGACUCCGUGGUGGCCCAGAACAUCCAUGAAACCAUCCUUGAGGCCAUGAAGGCCAUGAAGGAGCUCUCGGAGUUCAGGCCGCGCAGCAAAAGCCAAUCAGCGAGCACUAAUCCCAUCUCUGUGCCCACACGACGCAACCUCAACAACCCCCCACCCAGUCAGACGGGCCUGGUCAGGAGGUCCAGAACGGAGAGCAUGGCAGCCUCGUCUCCGGUGAGAAAGUUCACGUCCUGCCGCAUAAGAACAGCCAGUGAGGGUGAUGGUGUUGUGUCCCGGCCCUUGUCCAUGUCCAUACCUGUGAAUGGGAGUCCCAGCAGCCUACAGUCUGGGAACCACCUGAGCAGGUCUCACACCCUCAGCAGUGGACGCACCUGCAGAAUGCUCGAGUCCAACCUGCAUCACAGUCGCUCCAUGACAAUGUCCCACUCUCCACCAGCUGCAUCCAGCCCUAUCAGCAUGUCCCCCAGAGGGGGCGCCAGUAUCUCCACUCCUGACAAAACCAGGCGGCCAUUCAGCUGCAGUGCCUCCAUCUCUGGCUCUCUCAGUGACACCAGCUUCAUACUGUGUGGUGACUACAGCUCCAGUCCAUGUGAUCAAAGAUUCCUCCCACUGACGCGCAGCGACACGCCCGAGUCUCUGUCCAGUACACCGCCGUCACGGGACGUCAACGACCCUUAUGGCUACAUGAUAAUGGAAGGUACGAGUGGGAGGUCACGUGGUGGAGGUGACGCUCACGUAUUUGACAAGGCAUUCAGGAAGAGAACACACUCCCUCACUACGCCCCGUCAGCAGAGGGUGGUGACCCCUCUGUCCUCCGCCUCCCUGGACGACUACACUCUGAUGAGGUUGGCCCACGGACAGAACUGUCACUCUGCCUCACCCAAAGUGUCCUACCCCGAGGACUACGGAGACAUUGAAAUCGGUUCAUCCAGGAGCUCCAGCAGUAACCUUGCUGACGAAGGCUACAUGCCGAUGACUCCAGGUGUUGCACCACAGUCUGGAAAGGCAGAAAACUACGUUCCCAUGAGCCCCAUGUGUGUCUCAGCACCUAAGCAGAUUGUCAAUCCCAGGCUUCACUCUCAGGCUGCUGUCAGCGGGGGCUUCAAAACCAACUCCCCCUGCUGCAAUUCUCUGGAAGACAAUGGCUACAUGAGAAUGUGGUGCAGCUCCAAGUCCUCCAUGGAGAGUCCAGACAGGCAAGGUGAAUACAUGAACAUGUCACCUGGAAACCCAGCACCCCUGCAGACUCCCCCCGACUUCUACCUGGGGCUGCUGGCCGGUGAAAGUGCGAGGUCGUCUAACCAGGCCGCUGCCGUCACACUACCGUCAAAGUUCCAGGCCUCAAACAACGAAGAAAACAACCAGUAUGUGUUGAUGAGCCCCCAGAGUUUGAGACCGAAGUCUGGAGAGUCCGAUUAUUACUCAGUGAUGCAGCCCAGUGCAGGCCACACGGCACAGACCAGCCCAUCAGCACCCUCUCCUGUCAGGCACAACCGAGCAGAGGCUCUGUCCUACAGAGGGAGGCUGGGGCGCCCCAACAGGUUAUCCCUGGACACCCUGAGGAUGCUCCCCAGCAUGAACGAACACCCUCUGCCCGGAGAGCCCCGGAGCCCCGGGGAGUACAUCAACAUUGACUUCAGCAGCACCAGAUUCUCGGCGCCCCCUGCAGCGUCCACAGAGAGCCAGCCCUCAUCCCUUGGCUCCUGUGGCGAAGGCCCCGGCAGCUCUUCUCUGACAGACUACACAAACCUGGAGCUGGGCUCACACUCACCAAAGGAGGCUGACACUCCUGCUGAGCAUCUGGACACGCUCCAAGUGUUGUCCAUGUGUCCCUGUUCAGAGGAGGAGGAGGCUGCUUACCAUCCAGCCAGUGUGAAGGUGGCUCAGAAGCUAGACAAGGUGGUGAAAAGUGACUACACGGAGAUGACCUUUAGUAUGACCAGCUCCCCUCCACAGUUGGUCCCUCACAGCACGGCCAGCAAGGCCAGCAGAAUGAGGGCACUCUCUGUGGAAGACCAGUCCAGUCCAGAACACAUGGGGGUUUUUCUGCACGGGGCUACAUCAUCUGUAGACCCCGAUCGCUCCGUCAAGGUGAUUCGGGCCAAUCCACAGGGGCGUCGGCGCCACAGCUCAGAAACCUUUUCCUCCACUGCCACUGUGGCACCGGUCUUACCCUCCUUCGCUCAUGGUGAAACAGUGAAGAGGCCCAGUUCGGUGGAGAACCUCUCCUCCCGCAGCAGUGAAGGCUCAGACGAAGAGUACGGGAGCCCGGUGACACGCCGGGGCUCGGCCGGUUACCCCAGCGGGCUGAACUACAUCGCUGUGAACCUGGAUGUGAAGAAAUGUGAUGACCUAGUUGGCUUCAAACCCACAGGCAGCUGCAAAGGAGAUAUUACUGGAUUACACAGCACUCCAUAUGUCUGUUUGGGUUUUAAAGAGGCGGCCACUACUGCUAAAGACUGAGAGGUUUCUUCGCCCUCUGACUUUGGCCUCUUCACCUCUUCAUCCUCUUCACCCUCAACAGGCUUCUACAGACAGUCAGGACUGCUGUCAGCCUAUGUCCCCCCCCCGUGGACGCACAUGGACACGAACAGCAUACAAGCAUGUCACCAUCUAUGCAUGACAUUAGUCUGCUUCAGUAAGGACAGGUGUGCCGGUGACUCAGCAAGUGUGUGUGUGCGCACGUGUGUGUCCUGUUCCCAAACCUUUCAGAGGCCAUUUCUCCUGUGACCCAACUUUGGCACAAGCACAGAAUCAAAGAUAGUCAUUUAAUGGCAAACAAUCUUAUCCACAAACGGAAUCAUUCAUUGUGGUAGUUUUAUGAAAAACCUGUGAGUAUAUGUGUGUGUGUGUGUGU